AAGGAGUAUGUUAUUUGACCUUAUUUAUAGCUAUGCCCGAGGCGUGUGGCUCGGCGGAGGUGGGGAGCAGGGAGGAGAAGGGGAGGUGGGUGGGGUGCGAUGUCGGUGCGAAUCAAGGCGGUAGUAGACCGGUUCGUGAAGGAGCUGCAGGAGGCGCUGGACACGAACAUCCAGGAUCGCAUCAUGAAGGAGCGCGAGAUGCAGAGUUACAUUGAAGAGUGCGAGCGCGAGGUCGCCGAGCAAGAGGUCGCAUGGAAGGCCGAACUCUCCCGCCGCGAGUUGUCUAACACUGAGAUUGCACGACAAGAAGCCAGGCUGAAGAUGGAAAAGGAGAAUUUGGAGAAGGAAAAGAGCGUUCUCAUGGGAACAGCCUCCAACCAAGACAACCAAGAUGGAGCCCUUGAGAUCACCAUCAGUGGUGAGAAGUAUAGGUGCCUCCGUUUUUCCAAGGCGAAGUAA